AUGAAACUGAGCAACCAAACUCAGCUUUCAGAAUUUCUUCUCCAGGGAUUCUCAGAAGACCCGACACUGCAGCCUAUUAUAUUUGGGUUGUUCCUCUCCAUGUAUGUGAUCUGUGUGAUUGGGAACCUGCUCAUCAUCCUGGCCAUCCUCUCAGACCCACACCUCCACACACCCAUGUACUUCUUUCUUGCCAACCUAUCCUUCUCUGAUAUCUGCUUCACCUCCACCACCGUCCCCAAGAUGCUGGUGAACAUCCAGACACAGAGCCAAGCCAUCAGCUAUGAAGGCUGCCUCACACAGAUGUUCUUCUUCAUAAUCUUUUCAGCAUUAGAUGAUUUUCUCCUGGGUGUGAUGGCUUAUGACCGAUUUGUGGCCAUCUGUCACCCCCUGCACUACACGAUCAUCAUGAAUCCCCAAGUCUGUGUGAAGCUCAUUCUAUUGUGCUGGACCAUCACUGUCAUGUAUGGCUUAUUAAACAGCUUACUGGUGCUGAGACUGAGCUUCUGCACACACCCGGAAAUCCCACAUUUCUUCUGUGAGUUGAAUCAGGUGGUCCACAGUGCCUGUUCUGACACCUUUCUCAAUGACCUCAUAAUGUACUUUGCAGCUGUGCUUUUAGGGGGUGGUCCCCUGGCAGGGAUCCUGUACUCUUACUCUAAGAUCGCCUCCUCCAUCCAUGCCAUCUCAUCAAAUCAGGGCAAGUAUAAAGCCUUUUCUACCUGUGCCUCUCAUCUCUUGACCAUCUCUCUGUUUUACGGUACAAUCAUAGGUGUGUACCUCAGUGCCAGCGCUGCCCCAAGUUCAGCCUCAAUUGCAGCAGCCUCUGUGAUGUACACAGUAGUCACCCCCAUGCUGAACCCCUUCAUCUACAGCCUGAGGAACACAGAUAUGAAGAAGGCUUUGAAAAGACUCUUGUUCCAUAAAUGA